AUGGCUGAGGAUCAGGAGAAGCCCCUCAACUUCUCGUUACGACAUCUCACCGAGCCGGGUAAGCAUCAAAACCUUAGAGGGUUAACCAUCUUUUUAGACACAAAUUCUAUCAUAAAUCCUCUUCUUCCGUACAGACGUGAUGGCAAAAAGUCAUCACGUCUGCACAGUGCGCCGUCGUGCGUACAACUUGUGGCGCGGCGACAGGUAAAAUUUACGGUGCGCGACCCUCCCCCGCACAGUGCAAAAAAAUGUUUUGAAAAAUUCGAUCAAAAUCACAGUGCGCUCUUUUUUCGCACCUCAACCAAUUUUUAUUGCGCGACAUCUCACCGCAACACCGAAUGCAUGCGUCCGCAUAGUGCGAAAACAUGUCAAGACUUUUUGGCCGGCCUAGUAUUGACUGUUCUUCUCCAGGAUCCUUUCUCCUUAAAUUUUUAACACAUACAGCUUUAUUCUUCGAAAAAGUCAAGAUUCAUCGCCGUAUGUCUUAAGAGGUGUGCAACGUCAUCCCAAUCCCAUAAUUGUCGUCUCUUAUGUAAAUCUAUAGCCUCGAGGCCUUAGAACACGAACCUUCAGAGUACCCGAAUCAUUAGCGGCGUUAAUCCCUAAAUUUCUCAUUUCUUGAGCAAAAGAUUACCCUCUAAUUUGCUUCUCUUUCAAGACAAAACAAGUCCGUCUGGCCAGGAUCCGGUCAGUCCAGUCGGUAUGGGCUUUGCGGAAGAUCCCUCGGGCUCUCCCAAGAUUGAAUCUGCUUCUCCGAGUCGUGAAUCUGGAGGCGAUCGUCAAUCGUCGUCUCCAGAAGGCAGUCCGGAUCCUCAGAUCUCUGCUGCCCUAAGUGCGAUGUUCAGUUCAACGUCUCCAUUCCUCAAUAAUGGCCUAAGAAUGCCCCCAUCCAAUUACAACCAGCUCUUUGGUGGAUCUGUUCCGUUCUUUAAUCAAGGUAAAGCCAAAGACAACAAUAACAAAAUCUAUUUAUAUAUGAGCUUCGCAAAAAGAUAUUUUUUCAGCAUCGUACAUGCAAAGUAUUGCAGCCAUGUCAGCCGCUGUCAACGCAUACAAUCAGAAGAAUGGAUGGUAAGGAAGAGUUAUUUUAAUUUUCUAAUUGUAAGAUGACUAUAAAUGAUCAGCGAUUUAGCCCUCAAAACGCUGUAGAUUUUUGCCGAAAACAUAUUUUUACGCAAGUGUGAUCUCCUCAAAUAUCUGAGACCUUCCCCUUCGCAUGUACGUAUCAUAUGCGUGCCAAAGGUUGCCGUAUGAUGCGGGGCUUUGAGCUUUGUAAUAUGAAUUAGAUAGGCCCACUUACACCAUCAUUUAUACAUAUAAAAUGUUUGUUUCAGUAUCAACGACGGUACAACGAUUUCCGUAAACUCUUUCAACGCCAGCUCCCCUCGAUCUCGAUCCCCGACCCCGAUAAGUUCAUCCGGAGCCCAACUGUCUUGUGCAGUUUGCGGCGACGUCUCCAGUGGCAAACAUUAUGGUAUCUUAGCCUGCAAUGGAUGCUCGGGGUUUUUCAAAAGAAGUGUCCGUCGGCGUUUAAUUUACAGAUGUCAAGCCGGAACAGGCCAAUGUGUGGUGGAUAAAGCGCAUCGAAAUCAAUGCCAGGCCUGCCGGCUGAAGAAGUGUCUGGCCAAAGGGAUGAACAAGGACGGUAAGUGAACGGCUAGCCGCCCAUCGGAACUCAGUUGUCUCCCUUCCAGCCGUCCAGAAUGAGCGUCAACCCCGGAAUACGGCAACCAUCCAGAAUCCAGUGGAAGCAGACUUUUAUAAUUCAAAUUUCCUCCAAGAGUGUCCAAACGUCUUGUCGACUACUGUAGAUUUGAAUAAUGUAAACUUUGAUUUGAAUGCGAAGUGUCGCAGGGGAUCAUUGGAGACAGAGCUAAAAGAAUUGAGUGCAAACACAAAUCCUGAAGUGUCCUCGAGACUGCUUUUUAUGGCCGUCAAAUGGGCCAAGGCUCUCCCAAGUUUCGCUCAAUUACAGAGUCAAGAUCAGGUAAGAGAUUUUUGGGACGAAAGGAAAUUUUUGUAAAUUGCGCGGGAAGACUUACAAGUGCGACGCUCAGAUUUUCCUUUAACACGUCAGGCAGCCACAUAUUAAUUACUGAAAGUCUUAGCUCGCGCUUUGCACGUUCCUGCGGAAAAAAAAUAUUUUUUUUUGUGGUAACAAAACCCUCUGCGGUAGAAAUAGGCAUGAAACUUUCCGCAAGAAGUGUCACAUGUGCACAUUUUUGCCCGGCUUUCAAUCUAAAAGUCCUGGUUCUUUCUGCAAAACGCGAGUCAGGAGUCUCGCAUAUAUGGUUGAAGAAAAUAAUCAAAAUUCGUGCCAAAUUUCGUCAAAACCAGUUCUACUUUUUGAAUUUUUUUCAGGCGACUCUUUUGGACAAUGCAUGGCCUGAGCUCUUUCUUCUGAGCGCCUUUCAGUGGUCUAUGGAGAUGGAUAAGUGCCCGUUAUUCGAAGGAACGUCUCAGUCAGCGCUGAUCAAGCCUUUGAUUAACCUAUUCGAACUCUUUAAAGCCAGAUCUCCCGACCCGGCAGAACUCGCUUGCCUUAAGGCAUUGGUUCUUUUUCGGUCAGGUAAGAGAACGGAGAUGACGGAAUCGAAACAUAAAUCUGUUUCUGACAGUCGUUUGCCGACGGUUGUUUCGUCAGAAUUUUUUAAUAAAUAUUUAUAAUAUUUUAUUUUAAAAAAUAUUUCAGAUACUCGCGGCCUCCGAUCGUCCAGUCAAAUCGAGAGGUUGCAAGAUCAAGCACAGGCCAUGUUACAGCAACAUAGUUGCAAUAAAGACCCGAAUGCGCACAGAUUCGGCAAGUUAUUGCUCUUAUUACCUCCACUGAGAACAGCCUCAGUCCCCAAAUUAAUCGAAAAGGUUUUCCUGGAUGGUGCUUUGAACGGCAAGUCUGUGGGCUCAGUGAUAUCCGAUAUUGGAAAGUAA